AUGUAAUGUAAUGUUGAAGGUUGAAGUGGGCUUAAGCAUUAAGAUUAAGGUAAAGCCCAUUAGCUAAAAAAAAUUAAUUGUCUAUAAUUACCCUUCUCUUGGCUCCACAAAAGCGCUUGGCAAUUCCGACCUCCUCUUUCGUUGUGAAAAUCCCUAGCUGAUUCGUCGUUAAGAUUGAAAAAAUGGGAGUUAAACAGGCGAUAAAGAGCUUGGAUGCGUUUCCUCGCGCAGAAGAGCAUUUAUUGCAGAAAACGCAAUCUGGAGCUCUUGUUUCAAUUAUUGGUCUUGUAAUAAUGGCUACAUUAUUCUUGCACGAGUUGUCAUAUUAUCUCACUACAUACACGGUUCAUCAGAUGUCUGUGGACUUGAAACGUGGAGAAACGCUUCCAAUUCACAUAAAUGUGACGUUUCCUUCUUUACCUUGUGAUGUCUUGAGCGUGGAUGCAAUUGACAUGUCAGGCAAGCAUGAAGUAGAUCUUGAUACAAACAUAUGGAAACUUCGCUUGAACAAUUAUGGUCAUAUCAUUGGCACUGAAUAUUUGUCGGACCUUGUAGAAAAGGAGCAUGCUUCUCACAAACAUGAUGAUGAUAAAGGUCACCAUGAGGAUUUGGACAUGAAACUUCACACUCAUGGCUUUGAUCAAGCUGCUGAAAAUAUGAUAAAAAAGGUUAAACAGGCAUUGGCUAAUGGAGAAGGAUGCAGGGUUUUUGGUGUUCUAGAUGUCCAAAGGGUUGCAGGAAACUUUCAUAUUUCAGUUCAUGGGCUAAAUAUAUUUGUUGCUCAAAUGAUUUUUGAAGGAUCCAAUCAUGUCAAUGUGAGUCACAUUAUUCACGACUUAUCAUUUGGACCAAAGUACCCUGGUCUUCACAACCCUCUAGAUGGAACAAUGCGAAUUUUGCAUGAUACAAGUGGAACAUUCAAAUAUUACAUUAAGAUUGUUCCAACUGAAUAUAGAUACAUAUCUAAAGAAGUGUUGCCAACCAAUCAGUUCUCUGUUACCGAGUAUUUUUCCCCUAUGAAAGAAUUUGAUAGGACAUGGCCAGCUGUUUACUUCUUGUAUGAUUUGUCACCCAUCACAGUGACAAUCAAAGAAGAACGACGUAGUUUUCUCCAUUUUAUCACUCGGCUUUGUGCAAUUUUAGGUGGUACGUUUGCUUUGACAGGAAUGCUAGAUAGAUGGAUGUACAGGCUUAUUGAGGUGGCAACAAAACCAAAGACUAGAUUCCGAUAGGCCAUACAGUAGUGCUACCGGGCAUGAACAUGUCAAAAGGAAUUCUAAGCAAUGCUUCUGAAGUUCCAAGUUUUAAAUUACAUAAGCCUCUGCAUAAAGUGUAUACUGCUAGUGUCAUCUUCAGUAAUAUUCGACUCCCUCCUAAGACUUCACAUUUCAUUGUUAAAUGCUUUGGUAUUACUUUGAAACACUGUAGCUUUUGGGGUUGACGUUUGAAGGUUGUGAUGGCUGCUGUACAUGUAUAUAAUCUUGAUUAUUUUGACCUUUAUAAAUUGUCUUGUGCUCGGCCAUUCAGAAGAAAAAGGAUUUUAAUUAUAUACAUGUAUUCAGCAAAGUAUUGUUGAUGAUGACUAUGAUAGAAGUUUAAAACAACUUUGUUUUGAGAUUUUAAA